GCGCUCUCUUGUUUGCUCCUCUCGUCGCUUCACCAAACAUUCUUAUUGCGCGCGACCUUGCCUCUAAAAAUAACAUCUUUCAGCUGCAGAAACUUCUCUCUCAGCUGCUCUCCCAAAAAGGCGCACUUCUCUUUUCGCCUUUGGUGCUCGCUCGCGGUCGCGCCACAUGUGCAGCCCUCGGGCCAGAAACUCUGCAGCAACUCUGACGCGGCCGCCCACCUUCCAGGUCUUCUAAGUUUUGAGAAGUGAAUCGCUUGACUUGAUGAACCCUUCGGCGGACGAGGGCGUUGCGCACAUCAGGGUCACGGUCGAGCGACCUGUGCUUUCGCAGGAGAUCUUCCACGACGUCUCCGAGUACGAAAAGCCCAACAAAGAUGGCCUGCUCAAGAGGGCGCGGCGGGGGUGCAGGGUGGACUGGGCGUCGGUGGCGCGCCGGACGGUGCCGCUGGCCGAGUGGCUGCCCAGGUACGAGUGGACGCACGACCUGCCCUGCGACCUGAUCGCCGGCUUCACCGUCGCCGUCAUGCAGGUGCCGCAAGGUUUGGGCUACGCGUUGCUGGCGAACGUCCCGGCCAUUGUUGGCAUUUACAUGGCCGUCUUCCCUGUCAUCCCUUACAUUCUCUUUGGCACCUCCAGACACACUUCAAUGGGAACAUUUGCUGUGAUUUCGUUGCUUGUGGGUCGUGCCGUGACGCAGUUUGCCAACAACCCUGAGUUCGUGCACCCUGGCGGUGUCUUUGCCAACGGCACCGAGGUGAUGGUCGAGUACUCGGUGAUGGAGGUCGCCACCCACAUCACCCUGCUCGUCGGCCUCUGGCAGAUUUUAAUGUUCUUCCUGCGGUUGGGCAGCAUUUGCGCGCUGCUGUCCGACGUGCUGGUCAACAGCUUCACGUGUGGCGCGGGGGUGCACAUUUUCACCUCGCAACUCAAAGCCAUCCUCGGCGUCACCACCCAACGCUACAGCGGACCCUUCCAACUUGUCAAGACGUAUAUAGAGAUGGUGAGCAAGUUGGUGAGCAGCGACGAGGACGCGCAAAUAACAAUUGUGGCCGCCGUGGUGAUUUCCGCUGUUUGCAUUGCGGUAUCGCUCUUCAGCGUCUACAUCAUCAAGCCGCGGCUGGCAAAGGUGACGCGGGUGCCAUUUCCGUGCGAACUGAUCUUGGUGGUGGCGGGGGUGUUGCUGUCCAACCACUUUGACCUGCAGGGUCGCUUCGGCCUCCCUUCCAUCGGAACCAUUCCUAAAGGGUUGCCGGAGCCGGUGUUGCCUCAGGUGGGGCUGUCGGCCGAGCUGAUGGCCGACAGUUUCAUCGCGGCCAUCGUCUCGUACGCCACCCUCAUGUCGAUGGCGCUGAUUUUGGCGCGCGGCGAGGACUACCAGGUCGACGCCAACCAGGAGCUCCUCGCCAUGGGCCUGGGCAACCUGGUCGGCUCGUGCUUUUCGUGCAUCGCGUUCGCGGCCUCGCUGAGCCGCAGCAUCGUGGCCAAGAGCGUCGGCGGCAAAACCCAACUGACCGCCCUCGUCUCCCUCCUCCUCAUCGUCCUCACCCUCCUCUGGGUCGCUGACUUCUUCGAACCCCUCCCAAGGGCCGUCCUGGCGAGCAUAAUCGUGGUGGCGCUGCGGUCGGUCCUUCUGCAAAUCCUGGACCUUCCAGCCUUCUGGCGCCUCUCGAAGGCCGACGGCCUCCUCUGGGUCACCGUUUUUCUCUCGGUGGUGCUCAUCGACAUCGACUACGGCCUGCUCGUCGGCUUCCUCCUCUCCGCCGCCAGAGUUUUCAUGCAGGGGUUGAAGGCGUACACGUGCCUGCUGGGAAAAGUUCCUAACACGGAUCUCUACCUCGACAUCAAAAGAUACAAAGCUGCGUUUGAAAUCCCUGGAUUCAAAAUCGUGCACUACUGCGGCCCGUUGAAUUUCGCGACCCGGCAAAGACUGCACCAGACCAUUGUUGACCUUUCGGGGAUCGACCCGCAAGAGGAGCAACGCAGACGAAUCAAAAACAAAAAUUCCGAGGAGACGAGUUCGAAUGGAAAAGUGAACCUGGGAUUCGAAGGUGGCCAACUGGAAGGCCCUUCUCCCCUCAACAAGGUGGAGGUGGUGAUUUUGGACGUAAGUGGGGUGAGCAGUUUGGACCCGUCGUCGGCCAACCAGCUGCUGAGCAUCAGGGACGAAUUCAAGGACAUCGGCGUCCACUUUCUCGUCGCCGGGUGCUCGGGUCCCAUUUUCGAGCAGCUCCGCAAGUGCGGAUUGCUGGCGGGCGAAAAUGCGCUGCUGAUUUACCCGUCGGUGCACGACGCCGUCCGAAUUUAUCUCCAAGACAUUUAAAAAAGUCAAUUAUUGAAAACGGUGGCUGUUUUACAAAGGUAGAAAUCUUUGCAUUUACCAAAAAUGUUCGUUUAGAGACUACUUAAAACUGUAGCUGCUAUUUUUGUUAAAUAAAAAUAUAACUUUUCAAAAGAAAAUUGUGAUUUCCUGGGUUGACUGAACUAGCUCCUCAUAUUUUGGGGUGGCAUUGGAAAUGUCUGUGAAUGUCGACACAAAAUUGGACAAAAUUUAUAUGAUUUUUUUGUGAA